GACUUAUUGUCCAACUGACCAGAUACUCUCCCCCUUUUUGCUUCUCUUCAAGGCCCUUUUGCAUCACAGUUGUCCGUUUUCGAUUUUUGGCUGUUCAUUAACUGUGUGGAUGAUGCCCAAGUGACGUACCUAUACAGACCCAGGCUUUUCUAUUCCUUCAGUUCCAACGACGACGUCCGUACACUGGGGUUUCCCGCACUGACCGAGCCCCCCGGGUUACGCGGUCCGGAGGUCCCAUGGUACAAUUCUUACAGAUCUUAGCCGAGAAAAACCACAACGCUAUCUGUCCCUUGAUUCUUCCUCUUUUCUUGGUGACCUUCAUUCUUUCUUAUUUGUGUUAUACUCUGUCCCUCUCACCCUUUGCUUCACCCUGCGGCCUUCAUAUCCGCUGGAACGGACUUUUUGGCGUUGACAUCGUGCUGCCAUUGCAUCCAAAACAAUAUACUUCGGGAACCGGCCUUGGAAACCGUCACUAUGACCACGAUCUAAAACCCAAAUCACUGGUUGACUUUUGCGCGAGUUUGCGCCCGUCGUUGAUAGAAUCUCAUUUUGGUCGACUGUUUAGGUUUUACAUAUUCAGGGGCAUCUUCAAUCUAGUAGUGUUCGGAAAGAGCUCAAAACACCUGCUGGACUGAAAGAGGCUCUGGUAUUUAUAUACGCCAUAUACACCAUGGCUGCUACAAGUACCGACAGGAUUACUCCUGUA